UCCUCUCCCACCCUUUGUUCCCCCCCUUCUUUAAAAAUGCUGUGUCUGCGCGUCUCUCCCUCAUAUCAUCUGAGGCCUGGCUUCAAGGAUGGACUGUGCACUGCUGCUGCUGUCCCUGUGGGCUCUGACUGGAACUGUGUCCCUGCAGGCUCCAGGGUCGUGUCCGGAGAGACUUCUGGGAGACGAGAGGAGGAGGACGUGUCCUCGGCCCUGCGAAGCUGACAGAGACUGUGGCAGCAAGCGUCAGUGUCUUUGUGACGGCCAGUGUGGUCUCAGCUGUGUGGCUCCAGGUCGUACUUGUCCCUGGCCUUUACCCUCCAGUGAAAACUCAGUUGCUCGCCUCCUCUCUCCCACUCACUCCUUCUCUGCCCUGCUUGAGGUGCGCUGCAAGCCUGGAUUCAUGUUGCCCAAUGGCUUGGAUGCCACCAUUCGCCGUUGUCAAGGUGACAGACAGUGGAGUGGGGAUGAGCCCAUCUGCACAGAGAAUCAGUCACCUGAACCUGCUGCUGCCCAAACCUGCCCUCUGCCUGAGGAAGUCACCAACACCUUCAGCAUCCAGGGUGACGCUGCUGUAGGAACUUCCAUCCGCUACAGCUGCUUGUCUGGAGCCGAUAUAGUGGGGAGCAGUGAAAAUUUCUGUCAGGAUAAUCAGACCUGGCAGUAUCCCCACCCCAUCUGUAAAAAGGUGUACUGCCAGCCUCCCCGAGAGGUGGAUCAGGGCUACGUGGUGGCCGUCCAGAAAACUGAAUAUGAAGUUGGCUUUGACAUCCACUACCUCUGCAAAAAAAACUUCUUCCUGGAUGGACCACAGAAGGUCACUUGCCUGCCGAACGGCAGCUGGAGUGCAUCGCCCCCAUACUGCAGAGCUCGCUGUCUCAUCCCUGCUGAGAGAAGCCGCGUGAUGAUUGGUGGAGCGAAGCGCUGGCCGUUUGACAUUACAGAUGCUAUGGUCCCUCACGGGGAAAGUGUGGGGUUCUUCUGCAAGCAUCCCCGCAAGCAGUGCAGCUUCACUGCAACCCAGACCUGUUUUGACGGAAAGCUGCAGCCACCGGCCUGCUACCUUGAACCCACGUGGCUGCAGUAUAAACUCUUCCCUCACCGGCUGGUCUCAGAGAUUGAAGCGUGCGAGCCUGGUGAUGUGGAGUGAUGACCUGCACGUCUGACCUUGACCCACCUGCCACUCAUGAAACUUUGUCACAAUAUGAAAACCUCCCAUCACCUUGGACAGUCCUUCUCCGCUCUGCAGCUUUGCUUUGUGCUAUGCUUAUGGUCUGUUAGACGCUGAUUUUUUUUUCUCACGGCUCUUGCUUGGAUCAGCAGGCUAAGCUGUACAUCCUGUGCUUGUGGCAUCAUGGCCUUUGUCUCUUUCUCUCCUGCACACCAUCAAACUGCAGGCAUAAUUAUAAUCUCAAGUAUUACUUUGAUCCGCCUCCAGCUUGAGCCACUGAGCACUGUAGACGCAAUCUGUAGAUCUCCAUGUUGAUGUAUAUAUCAUACAGUAAUACAAGCUAUACCAGUUAUACCUGAGAUGAUACCUUCAUGUAGUCUAACUCAUAAUGACUUGACUCUGUGAUAUCUCACUGUGUGAUCAUUCUUUCCUCUGUUGAACCUGACGCAUCAAGUCUAGAGGCUUGUAAGUUUUAAUGAUGUGCGUGAUUUUAAAUAAAAUGAUGUCAAAACGG